AUGUACAUACCCAAAGCUCCCUUGGGAGCAUUGCUCUUGAGCACGCUUCUCCAACUCACAAGCAGUUCUUCUUUACCAACCGACGUUCCUUCUCCUGAUCAAAUCAUCAUAAACCCAUCCUCUUCUGAAUCCACAAACCGCAUACCUACAUCCCGCGAAAGCGCCAUCCUCGCCCGCCGCAUUCUCCACCUCACACCCCUCGGAACUCUUUCCACCAUCUUCCCGAACUCAUCAUCCUCUCUCGAGAACAGACCCUCCAAUCUCGAAAACAUUCCCAUUGGCCUCAUGGAUUACAUAGCCGAUUGCGAACCCACCACCAAUAACCCCACGAUCCUUGCAAUCAGCAUAGCCACCAGUUUUAAAAACGCUAUCUCCAACCCCAACAUCUCUCUUUCACUCUCCUGGACUCCCCCAUACCCGCCUAAAUCCCGCAUCUCCUACUUUGGAAAGCCAGAUCCCUUCGCCUUCUCCGCGGCAAACCAACCGCGCUUCAGUAUUCUCGGAUAUCUUGAACCCAUCGUAGCUUCACCGGAAGAGGAACAGGAUCUAAGAAAAUGUUUCGUCGAUACUCAUCCAGAUGCUAAAUACUGGCUACCGGGUAGUCGUAUCCACCAUAGUGAAUGGAUGCGCUUAGUUGUGCAGGAGAUAUACUGGGUGGGAGGAUUUGGGGAUCGGGCGUAUAUUGGUUGGAUACCGAUUGAGGAGUGGAGGUCCGUGGAUAAGAAAGAGUGGGAGGAGGCUAGGUUGGUGGGAGAAAAGAAGGGAUGGAAGGAAUGGGCCGUUGAGGGAUUAGGGCUGGGAGGCGCUUGGGAGUUGUGA